CGUCCACAACCUGAACGGAAACAUCCCGGCCGAGGAGAAGGGGGACGACGAGAAGUGGUUCGAAGGUCUAGAGUCUCGUUUUAAGAACAAAUCAAGCUACAUGCGAUACAGCUGUGAAAGCAGAAUACGAGGCUACAUGAAAGAGGUUAGUGGUUUUAUUUCAAAUGUUCACCCUACAGCCAGAGAUGCGUAUAAGAGGACAGUCGACCUGAUGGCAGAUAAACUGAAAUCUGUGAAAUACAACGGGUGCUACUUUGACAGAAGAGAGGAGGCGGCAGUCCGCCUGUGCACUGCGGAGGGCUGGUUCUCCUGCCAGGGACCUUUCGACAGAGGUGACUGCGCGUGCAAGCAUUCUAUCAACCCCUACAGCAACAGGGAGAGCAGAAUCGUCUUCAGUACCUGGAAUCUCGAUCACAUGGAUGCUGUAGGUGGCAGUUAAGGUAGCAGAGCAGACUUGCCACCCGGUACAGCAAAGCGUCCCGCCGCUUGCUAGCGGCACAGCGCUCCGGCUGACAGCCCGCCACCGGCCUUCGAACGUGAGCGAGUCUGAAAGCUGGCCCUGGAGCACACAGAAAUGCCCCUGCGCUGUGGUUUUGCACAUAAGCAUCUAAGAAAGCGGCGGGAAGGUAGGGAAGGCUUAGAAUUCACUGGAAUUCCCUCGCGGUGAUGCUCAGUUCGCAGCUAUUAACACUUGGCUGCACCCUCCACCCCGUCACCGCCCGCCCC